UUUUUUUAUCGGUCACUACUGGGAGUAAUUGUUUGUAUAAAUUGCUGUUAUGGAAAGGGAAAAUAAUUUCAGUGAAGAAAAUGGCGAGCCAAUGGCGAAAAAAAUUAAAACAGAAUGGGUUAAAAGUUAUUCUGAUAAGGCCCUGCUUAUGAUGACUAGGAUGGGUUAUGAGAAAAACAAAGGUCUAGGGAAGCAGAACCAGGGUCGUCUUGAACCCAUUAUAGCAGUUCAACAGGACGGCAGAAAGGGAUUGGGUCUAAAAGAUGAAUGUCAAGUAUCUUUGGAAUCUUGGGACAACACUACUGAGAUAAUAAACCUUCCAGAAAAUUAUUCAUGGAUUACAAAUAAUGCGUCGCUCGAAAUCACAUUGGAUGAUUUAAAAGAUAAUAUAACCUUAGGCCCUCCUAAACGUACGAUUGAUGACGAAUGUUUAUACUGUAAUUCAGACAUUUUAAAUAAUAUAUUGAAAGCAAAAUCUGAAUUUGACAAAUUAAAUGACAGCGAAUUAAGAAGAGCGCGAUCACGAUCUAAUCCAUUUGAAACUAUACGCAGCUCCAUAUUUUUAAAUAGAGCUGCUGUUAAAAUGGCGAAUAUUGAUUCAAUGUGCGAUUAUAUGUUCACAAAUCCGAGAUAUAAGGAUGGAUCAUCAAUGCUGCAAAAUAACGAACUUCUAUAUUUUGCCGAUAUAUGUGCUGGACCCGGUGGUUUCUCAGAAUACAUACUUUACAGGAAAUCUUGGGAAGCAAAAGGAUUUGGAUUUACUUUACGUGGCCCUAAUGACUUCAAAUUAGAUAAAUUUUUUGCCGGUUCACCAGAAUCAUUUGACACUUACUACGGAGUCAGAAAAGACGGAAAUAUAUAUUUUAAAGACAAUCAAGACUCUUUUGCAGAUUACGUGCUAAAGCAUUGCGAAUCCGGUGUUCAUUUCGUUAUGGCAGAUGGAGGGUUUUCAGUUGAGGGUCAAGAAAAUAUCCAAGAAAUUCUUUCUAAGCAACUUUAUUUGUGUCAAUGUUUGAUGGGAUUAAAAAUCCUUCGAGUAAACGGCAGUUUUCUUUGCAAAUUAUUUGAUUUAUUCACGCCAUUUAGUAUAGGACUGAUAUUUUUAAUGUAUAAAUGUUUUGAUCAGAUAUCUAUAUUGAAACCUAAUAGUAGUAGACCGGCGAAUUCCGAGCGAUAUUUAGUUUGUAAAUGGAAGAAACCAAAUACUGAUUAUGUUUGUAAGUACUUGGAUCACGUCAAUGACAUUUUAAACUUGGGUAAAGAAGAUGUUUUAGAAAUUGUCAACCAACAACACAUUGUGUCUGAUCAAACUUUCUUAGAUUAUAUUGUUAAAAGUAAUAAUGACAUUGGACAAAACCAAAUUUUAGGUUUAAAAAAAAUUGCAGCAUAUUGCAGAAACACCCAACUUAAGGAAACUAGACAGUCGGAAAUAAGAAAACGUUGUCUUGAACUGUGGGGACUUCCAGAUAAGCUUCGACAAGCCCCAGAGUCUAAAACCCAAGAGAAAUUUCUAGAAGAAGUUCUUGGUGAUUGGAAUGAUAAGUUAUUUUUUAAUUCUUUGCCUACAGAACUACAUACAACGGAAUGCGUCCAAAACAAUAUUAACAGUAUAUAUGACUGGUAUUUUGUCCCAGUUGGACGGGCCGAAACUAGUAUUAAUGCCUGUAGUAUGUUUUUAUGUAAAUCUAAGGGUUGUUUACUACGAUAUAGUGACAGCAAAAAAUGGGAACCCGUAGAAUAUAUAUUUGACAUAUCACCGAAAUCAAUAUUUUAUGGCGAAAUUGUUUACGAGUAUACUGGUGAAGGUAGAACUCAAACCAGAAUAUGCGCUUUACACAUUAUAGAUGCGAUAAUGCUUGGAGGAAUAGAUAUACGACGUUUAAAACUUUCAGAACGUUCUCGGUUAUGCCAAAAAUACUCUCUUAGUCUUAAUAAGCCAUUCAAAGAAGGCAAUUGUAGUCCUAUUCGCAGCAAAUGUUUAUAUGAAUUAAAAUAUUUAAACAAUUUUUUUAACGAUAUGAAGUCACAUGUUUUGAAAGACAAUUCAACCCGCCUAGGUUUAACUUUGUCAUCUGAAAACAAAUUUUUUGUUCCCGGGGGCAUUAUGUUGUUUUGCGAAAUUUUUCACAAUUUUUUCUCAAGUAUGUCCCAUUCAACUCAUAAACUGUAUUAUUUCAAUAAGCAAACGAAAACAUCGUUUUACAAAAAUUGUAUGCCAAAUGAUAUACAAAAUACUUUGUACGCUUCAUUUAGAAAUAGUUAUCAAAGACGAUUACUGUGGAAAUGGACCAAUUUGAAGCAAGUUGAAGAAAAAUGUAAUCAUCGAGAAACAAAUUUGCUCUACCGAGAAGAUUUAACAAAAUUUAUAUUCAAUAAAGAAAAAAAUUGAAAAAAUAAAUUGGAUAUUAAGCUUAAUAUCGUAACUAAAUUCAUUAAAAUCAUAUAAAAGUGUUAUAUUGACUAUAACUAAAAUAGUUUUUUUAAAGAUCUAUUAAAAUAUUCCUAUGUGUACAUUUUAAAUAAUUUCACUUUAGUGUAUUUAACAAGAUGUACGUUUAUUUAACAACAUGUAAAUAAACCAUUUACUGAUUUCUUUACAUCUAA